AUGGCCUGUGAUCAAAGUUACUCCCAGAUAAAGAAACAAAUGUUAGCAAUUGUGUAUGCUCCGGAGAAGUUCAGUGAUUACACAUUUGGUCGAUUUACGCAUAUGUACUCGGAUCACAAACCACUGAUCAUGAUUGUGGAUAAACCACUCCACAGAGCACGAAGGAGGUUACAACCAAUGCUAAUACGUCUCAAGAAAUGCAAUUAUGAACUGCAUUACGAACAAGGUAAACACAUGUUUGUGGCUGACACCUUGUCGCGAGCCACACUGCCCGACACAGGGAAGGAACAAAAACUGGAAUCCGUGAAUGCUGCAUUGCCGGUGACGCAGUUCGAGAUGUCUCACAUACAAACUGCAAAUACUGACGAUCCGAGCAUGCAAAAACUCAAGACGUAA